GUACGAAACAACCUAACCUUAGAACCGGAGCGGCGAAGGUCCAAACUAAGUCCAGAACCGAGGAGAAGGGACUCAGGCGACCCAGGAACAUGCGACGGAAAAAUUUUCCGGUGGCCGGAAUGCCCGCACGCGCCGGCGCGUGGGGCGCGUGGCGGCUGGUUGCGGCGGCGCGUGAGCCUCACGCGCUGCCUAGAUCGACGCCGAAAUCUGCAGCUACGGUCGCCGGUCGCCGGCGAACCUUUCUGUGUGGGUGGUGACGGCAGCGGAGCGAAAAAAAAAAUCCCUUUAUCGUGUAGGCUCAGAUACCAUGUUACAGUACUGGGAGAGAAAAAGAAUACCUCUUGAGAGUUCUCCCUCUUUCUGUAUGUCUUUAGGGUUAGUCAACCUCCCCUUAAAUACUAGCUUGAUCUAGACUGAUAUGAUAUGCUAAUAUUCUAGUUUCCUAAAAUAUAGGAUACUCAAUCACACAGAAUAUUCUAUAACAAGAUAUUCCGGACAAAGUUUUUAACAAAUAGAUCUCAAAAUAUUGUAAGAAAUAUAGGGCUUCUUGGAUCCGUUUAUUUCUUCUUCCUAGCUGGGGUGAAGACAGAUGUUAUGGUUUUAAGAAAGGUAGGAAGAAAGCAUUGGUACUUAGCGGUUUUCACACUUGUUAUUCCUUUGGCGUGUAAUAUUUUCGUUGCAAUAGCUAUGAGAAAGUCCAUGGGAAAGGAGCUUGCAAAACCUUCUUCCAUUCUUGGGAUUUCUUCUGAGUUUGCAUUAACAACAUUUCCAGUUAUCUAUCCCAUCAUCAAAGAGUUCAAUCUCCUUAGCUCAGAGAUUGGUAGGAUGGCAAUGAAUGUGGUAAUUAUCAGCGAUAUUAUUGGGAAUCAAUUCUUAACUGCGUAUGAUGCAUCCAAACAUAUGGAUGUCAAGGUUUCGGCUGGCGUGUGGUUUCUAGUUUCGAAUUUAGUUUUAAUGGUAGCAAUCUUUGUAGGCCUUCGACAGGCCAUGGUUUGGAUAGUGAAGUCGACACCUGAAGGGAAACGUUGGAUCAGAUGUAUGUGCUUGGCAUAUUGUUAGGUGUGAUGGUGAUUGCAUUUUUAUCUGAUUUUUUUGGACUAUCCAUGGCCAACGGGCCGUUGUGGUUUGGAUUGGCAGUUCCUGAGGGCCCUAUUGUGGCAACUAUUGUGGAAAAGUCUGAGACAUUUGUUACAGAGCUUCUGAUGCCAAUGGCAUAUGUAUACGCGGGAUCCUUCAUAGAUAUAUUUGGCAUGAGUGGGCAUUGGACCAUUUUGCGCCCCAUGUUCAUAAUGGGUGUAGUUGGUUAUACAACUAAAUUGCUUUCUGUUCUGUUGGGUUCUCGUUUCAUGAACUUGCCACUAAGAGAUGGUCUCACUCUCGGCCUCAUUCUCAGUCUCAGAGGCCAAGUCGAAGUUUUCCUGUAUAUGCAUUGGAUGGAUAGGAAGAUGAUAACGCCUCCUUUUUACUCGAUGCUGGUGCUGAUGACAAUGGUGGUCACAGGCACAGCCACGCCUUUGAUCAGUGUACUUUAUGAUCCAACGAGGCCUUAUAGGGUGAACAAUCGAAGGAAUGUUCAGCACACUGCGCCAAAUGCUGAAUUGAACAUUGUGACGUGCAUAUAUGAUGAGGAUGAUGUACCAGGGGUGAUCAAGCUCAUUGAAGUCUCCAAUCCAACGGUGAAUAGUCCUUUCUCGGUUCAUGCCAUACACCUAGUUGAUCUAGUCGACCGAGCUGUGCCUGUUUUCAUAGAUCAUCAGGUUGAUCAGGAGGAGCAGACUGACCAAUCUUACCCCAUACACAAUGCAUUGAAGCUCUUCCAGGAUAGUAGAAGCAGCGGGGGGAACAUCAAGAUUAAUUCUUACACAUCAAUAUCCCCAAAGAGAAGCAUGUACCAAGAUGUGUGUGAGGUAGCCCUUUCGAUGAAGGCUUCUAUGAUUAUCUUGCCAUUUCACUGCACUGGAGAAGGGGUGGAGGUGGAGUCUGAAGCAGUUGGUGAAUCUGUGGCGUCUAGUGCAUUAUCACACGCCCCUUGCUCAGUUGCCAUAUUUGUGGAUAAGGGCUUUGCUGCUAGCCACAACAUCGACUUCCCCAACAGGCGCUCAAUGCAUCAUUUCGCUUUCCUCUUCUUGGGAGGGGCUGAUUCUCGCGAGGCUCUUGUGUGUGCUGAUAGGAUGGCCGCCAAGCCAGAGGUAUCCCUCACUGUCAUCCGCUUCCUCUCACACGACGGUCAGGGGGACAACGAGAUGGAAAAGAAGCUAGAUGAUGGACUAGUCACAUGGUUCUGAGUGAAGAAUGAAGCCAACCACCAAGUUGUUUAUAGGGAGGCAGUAGUGAAAAAUGGGGAGGAAACCCUCGCUGCAAUUCAGUCAAUGAAAGAUGAUUACUUCGAUCUCUGGAUCCUUGGUAGGAAACAAGGCAUAAAUCCAAUGGUUUUACAAGGACUAUCAGACUGGAGCAAAAACCAAGAAUUAGGUGUUAUAGGAGAUUAUUUGGCCAAUUCAGAUUCAGACAGUACAUCUUCUAUUUUGGUAGUGCAACAGCAGAUUCUAAGAGCCCGCGAACCCGCUUAUAAUGCUUUCAUUGGGAGAUUGCCAGCAUGGUGUCUUUAGUACCUCUCUUAACAUUAUUACCCAAAUAAGCUAAUUAAGCAUGGUAAAUGUUACUAUAAUUUAACCAACUUGCUAAACUCUUACUUGCUUACUAGGGUCAGGAUAUAGGAUUUUGGAUUUUUCCCCAGCCUCCAAAUUUUCGUGACCAAAAAACAUAUAAGUUUUUGGGGUUCUCUUGCUUAACAGCCACAUCAAUGGUGUUCCUAACAGGAGGAUCCACCAGGUUGAAUUUAGCAGCGGUAUGGUGUCGGUCUCAGGAUUAAAGAGUAUACAUCCAUCCCCAUUAUCAUGGCCGCACCAUUACAAUGAAAAACAACAAAUUCUUGAUGCUAAACAUCUGCAUUUGCUAAAGAAGCCAAGACAGUUUAGCAUGACAGACAAAAAGUUUUGCCAAGAAUUGAAGCCAUUGCAGAAUGGAUUCAGAGAGGUGUUACAUUGUUCUGAGACUCCAUUAUAUUUGAGGAUAGAUAAUGUUUUUGUAACGUUGUUGUGCUGUGUUGUAAAUUAAAGAGUGGGUAUUUAUAGUGAUAACAGACAAAAUCUGGAAUUUUUAUUGAUGCUAAAGUUCAGAGGAAGCAGAUUGGUUCAAGAGUCAAAAGGACUUUUUUUUUUUUUUUUGGAAGAGAGUCAAAAGGACUUAAUUAGUCCAACCACAAGGAGGAUUUGGUGCACCCAUUUG